GCGGAAGGUGCUAACCUCAACUACUUGAGCGCAAUGGACGAGUUCUGCUAAAAAUGGCUCAACGUUAUGCCAAGUCGAUUACUUCUUUGCUAGCAUCCUCUACGAGAUCCUUAUCGUCCAGCAGCCAAGCAGGUUGCUGCAUAAGUUUUGCGCCUUUUGUUGGAUCACAAGCGGGAACGUCUUGGAGCUCGAUACUUAAUCAGCUUCCUCAGCAAGCGGCGCACACGCUUGCCAGUUCGCACGCAUGGCUACGAUGCUUAGGGACCAGUACAAUAUGUCGGACCUAUCGUUUGUCGCGGGCGACUAACCAUAGCCCGGCUGCUCUAUCGGGAGUUCUGAGCGACCACAGUUGGCGCUGCUUGGGAAGGAGUACCGAUGCGGGAUUAGCAUGGCAACGGUUAGCCUGGCCGAGCUUCCAGCAGACGGCUUCCAUGGCGACGAUUGGACAACUGCUGCGCGGCGCCCGCAAGGGCCCUCCCAAGCGCAAAUGUAAACUGCGGCAGCUGGACGGCAGCCCUUUUAAAAAGGGCAUCUGCCUCCGAGUUUACACGAUGACACCUAAGAAGCCGAACUCUGCAAACCGCAAGGUUUGCAAGGUACAGCUCACGAAUGGGUUUAAGGCACUGGCCUACAUUCCAGGUGAGGGCCACAACCUUCAAGAGCACAGCAUGGUGCUGGUGCGCGGCGGCCGCGCACGUGAUCUUCCCGGCGUCAGGCUGCGCGUUGUACGCGGCCGAUACGACUGCGCGGGGGUCAAGGACCGCAAAAAGUCCCGGUCGCGGUACGGCACGAAGCGUCCCAAGGCCGCCUGA